AUGGUAUCCGUCAAGAGAAUCAUCGUUGCAGCCUCGCUUCUCCUCAGCGGAGCGGUUGCGGCCCCUUUUCCGAGUGAUGCGCUGAGCGCAGCCACCGUUGGUGUUGGCACCGCUAACUUAAUUCUACAUGAGUCUCGCGACUUGUAUGAGGCCUCUGCCGUCGAAAUUAAAGCCAAGAAAGAUAAAAAAGUCAAGCCUACACCUACCAAGGGUAAACCCGCAAAGGCCACACCCUCAAAGCCCAAGACAACUCCCAACAAGGAUCCCAAGAAGGACCCCAAGGCAUGUCCUAUCAAGCCUGGAAAAGGGAAGCCCAAGGAUUCCGUGCAGCGCAGAAGCGGCCGCAUGACGUCGACCAAAAAGCUCGACAAGAUCCUUGAAAAUCAGUUCGUCCUUGCGAUGAACCUCAAUGGCGCCACUUCAGUAACAGUCGACGAUCUCAGUGGCUGCACGGCUCUCUUCUUUUGGGACAAAGUCUUCCGCCCCUCGGCCUACCACAUCUUCUGCGGUGACGAGAAGAUGAAUGCCAGGAAAGCCGCUGAAACGAUAGGCGAGCUUAACCUGGGUGCAAACGGCGUCGUAGUCGUGACUGGCAAAGAUGAAAAUCGAGUCAAUGCAAUGGCCGGAAUCGAAGCAUACAAUGCGGGCGUUGAAGACGAGUUCAAGUUCAAGAACAUUAAAACUGUGGGCUACAAUUAUGAGAACACUGUGCAGAAAAAACCAUCGGAUCCACUCUGGAGGUAUUCAGUUACUGCGCACGUUGGAGACAAGACCAUGACCCUCAAACCCGUGCUUGUCCCUGGUGUCUCCCGCCAGUGUCAGUAG